UAUUAUAUUAUAUAUAUUUAUGUUUUGACAGUUUUACGCAUAUCUCCUCAUUCGUGUGUCGGGCUUAACGAUCCUUCCUAUUGAUUUUAUCGCGCCACACUCGCCAAGAAAUGAACAGUUUCGUGAAAUACGAUCACGGGUCAAUAGCUAGCGAAUUUUUUGAACAUACCCGUCGCACCGAUGCCGAUUUCCGAAGAAAGAUCUACGACUUGAGAAUCGCGAUGUACAAGACGACGUAUAAAAAAUCGUUCUAUUGGCCGGAACAUAUACCCAAAUCCAAUGUUCAUCAGGUCGAACCUGGGUUCACCAUGAUACCAAAGCCAAAUGAAGAUGAGUACAAACAGCUGUACAUGCCUAAAAUUUUGAUACACAGAAAGCUAAGUGAAAAUAAAAGAAUUGUACCACCUUUGGAAUACUCGUCUAGUGCACCGCCAAAAUGUCAAGACGAGGAUUUAAAUUAUUCCAAUACAUACGAAAGAUCUUUGUACCAAGAGAGCUAUAUAAAUUGGACGCCAAGUCAAGCGCAUAAAAAAGAGGAAACACCAGAAGAGUGGGCUCAGAAAUGGAGGAACGAGUGUCACAACGUUCGAGAUGCCGACGAUUUAGUGCAGGACUUAUCGAAUCGAAUUAUCAAAUCGCGAAAGAUGAUAUUAAGUAGAAAGAAGAUCGGCUAUGCUUAGUGAGGGGUACUGUUUUACAGAUUAAACAUUUUGAUAGAAACGUUUUGAUAGUUAUUACAUUUUUAAUUUAAAUUUAUAAAAACAAACAGUUAUUGAUUUUUAUUUAGUAAGCAAAUUUUAAAAUAAAUUCAUUAGAUAAAUAAACAAUUUUGACCACUAGGAGGAGCUUAUAAUUGUAAAAUGUAUAUAUUAUCUGUUUAUAUAUCUAGUAUCUGCUGAGUAUAAUUAUGGUAUCAAAAAAUUAAAUAUAGGAGAAUUCAACGUGUUGUGUUUAAUUUUAAUUUUGCAAUGUGUAAUUAUUUAUUAAUUUUAUUAAAAUUUUUAUAAACAAAAAGUAAAAUGUAUAAUAUAUAAUAUAUUAUACGAGUACCUAGCACAGAUUGAGAUAUGCAGUAAACAAAUAUAAUUUGUUAAAUUUAAAUUUAAUUUUUAAUCGUUAAUAGAUUGAAAACCAAGUAAAUAACAUUUUAAUAAGGAUGACAAAUUUAAUUCUUUGAACUGUACAAUAUUUGAUAUA